AUGGCAGAAACAACCGAAACUUGUGGUAGGACAAUUGAAGAGCGGCGUUAUGAAGACAGAAUCAGUGCUUUACCCCAAGAUUUGCUUAUACAGAUUCUGAUGCUUAUCCCAACCAAAGAAGUAGUAGCCACCAUGAUUCUGUGUAAACGGUGGCGUUUUAUCUGGACGAUGGUGCCUACACUGGAUGAUGAUGAUGAUGAUGAUGAUGAUGAUGAUGCUGAUGAUGACAGCAAGCAAAGCGUUUGGUGGUUUCUUAACAAGUCAAUGGAACUUCAUAAAGCACCUGUUUUAGAUACCUUGUCUAUCCAACUCGGUUCACGUUGUCCUGGUGGUGUUGAUGUUGGAAAGUGGGUUGCAAGCGCUGUUGAUCGCGGCGUGCGUUUACUAAGAUUGAAGCUUUGCUUGUCUCCAGAUCCAACCACAUUGCCGAAGAGCCUUUACUCUUGUGAAUCUCUCGUCCUACUGACUCUCUCUCAGACGAUUCUCGUGGAUGUUCCUUUUCUUCUUGUCUCCCAUCCCUCGAAGUUCUCGAACUUAUUUACGUGGUGUAUAAGGACGAGGAUUCUUUCGUUAGGCUCUUAUCGAGUUGUCCCGUUCUUGAGUCUUUGA